AUGCACGGGGUGAUGCUGCUGCGAGGAUGCACAUGGUGCUGCUACUGUGAGGAUGCACGGGGUGAUGCUCUGCCCAUGUCCAGCAGCCACAUCAAUGUCUACAGCGGGGACCCGCAGGUGACGGCGUCGCUCGUUGGUGUCACCAGCAGCUCCUGCCCCGCCGACCUCACCCAGAAGAGAGAACUCACAGAUGCCGAGAGCCGAGCCCUGGCCAAAGAGCGCCAGAAGAAAGACAAUCACAACCUGAGUGAGUUCAGCUCCUCCUUUCCCUCCCCUGACCCCACAUCUCCCUACCACCAGCUGGACUUUACCCACAGCCUGAGCUUCGAGGACGGCUCCCAGGGUUUUCCAGACAGCGCUUCCUUCCCGUCCCUGUCCAAGAAGGAGCUGGACUUGAUGCUGCUGCAGGACACGAUGCUGCCCCUGGCCUCUGACCCCUUGUUCUCGGCCAUGUCCCCGGAGGCCUCCAAGGGCAGCAGCCGCCGCAGCAGCUUCAGCAUGGAGGACGCGGACAUGCUGUGAGGGGAGCAGCCGGGGCAGCUCGGCCGGGCCAGCCCCAGGACACCCCUGGCAGGAGGAGCCCGUCCCCCACGCACCGGAUCUCCCCUGCAGUUCCUUUCUCUAUGCAACCGGGGCUCGGGUCGGGCGCCGCCGUGCCCUUCGCAGCUUCUUUUGGCCAGGAGAGGGGAAUGGACCUUGCUGGCUUCGCCGUGGCGCUGGCCUGAGUGCAGAUCCCACAGGUCCCUCAGAUCCCACAGAUCCCACAGGUCACACAGGUCACACAGAUCUUACAGGUCCCACAGGUCCCUCAGAUCCCACAGAUCCCACAGGUCCCUCAGAUCCCACAGAUCCCACAGGUCCCACAGAUCCCACAGAUCCCACAGCCUGGCUGCAGAUCCCACAGGUCCCUCAGAUUUCACAGAUCCCACAGGUCCCACAGAUCCCACAGAUCCUACAGGUCCCACAGGUCCCUCAGAUCCCACAGGUCCCUCAGAUCCCACAGGUCACACAGAUUCCACAGGUCACACAGAUCCUACAGAUCCCACAGAUCCCACAGCCUGGCUGCAGAUCCCACAGCCUGGCUGUGGAUCCCACAGAUCCCACAGAUCCUACAGAUCCCACAG